GCAGCUCCUGGCUGUGGGGCACCCUGGUCUGCUGCAGGAAGGGCUACUCAUGCCCUUUUUUGAGGCUUUUUUCUAGUUUGUCACCAAACUUAAUAGGGUUCUUCCUAUUGUCACCUAGAUUGUGACAUGAAACUUCAGAAUUCAUUGGCUGAGGUCUUCAAAAUUCACCAAGUUACAGAGAGAGAAGCACAUAUGCAUGGGGGGAGAGAGAAAUGAAAUCAAGGUGUGUUCAGGCCUUGUUCUGCUUGCCUUGGUUGGUACAGUAGGCCUCACUAGACUUAGCUGCAGCUAAGAAUUUCUCCUACAUCAACAGAGUGCGUGCUAAGUUCUCAAAUUUCCAUUUAAGAAGCGGAGAAAAUAAAUCUGUCUUCUCCAAGUGUACCACCACCACCACCAUCAAGACAGCAAACCAAGAGAUAAAGAAUUUGAUCUGCAGUGUUGAUAAAUGUAAACUACUUCACAUAUUAUCUAAAGACUGCUUGGGGGGUGAGAAUUGGACAUCGGCAGUUGGAAAUCAUUUUGUUUAUAAAAAUGAGGGCUUCUUUGGAAACAGCAGACAUUGCCAUUGUGACACUAUACUUCGUGCUUGUACUGUGCAUAGGCUUUUUUGCCAUGUGGAAAUACAAUCGAAGCACCGUAAGUGGAUACUUCUUGGCAGGCCGUUCUAUGACUUGGGUAGCUAUUGGUGCAUCCUUGUUUGUGAGCAAUAUUGGGAGUGAACAUUUCAUUGGGCUCGCAGGAUCUGGAGCAGCAAGUGGAUUUGCAGUAGGUGCAUGGGAGUUCAACGCCUUAAUGCUUUUACAGCUAUUAGGAUGGGUCUUCGUCCCAGUCUACAUACGGUCAGGAGUAUAUACCAUGCCUGAAUACUUGUCCAAACGCUUUGGAGGACAUAGAAUUCAAAUAUAUUUUGCAGCGUUAUCUUUAAUUCUUUAUAUCUUCACCAAACUUUCUGUUGAUUUGUAUUCAGGUGCACUCUUUAUUCAAGAAUCUCUGGGCUGGAACCUUUAUUUGUCAGUUAUCCUGCUUAUUGGCAUGACUGCUUUGUUGACUGUGACUGGAGGUCUUGUGGCUGUCAUCUACACAGACACUCUUCAAGCGCUGCUUAUGAUUAUUGGUGCUCUCACACUGAUGAUCAUAAGUAUGGUGGAGAUUGGUGGGUUUGAAGAAGUUAAAAGAAGAUACAUGUUGGCAACACCAAAUAUUACAUCAAUCUUGUUGACCUACAACCUUUCCAAUACCAACUUUUGUCAUGUCCAUCCAAAGCCUGAUGCUCUUAAAAUGUUACGUGAGCCAACAGAUGAAGAUGUUCCUUGGCCUGGAUUUCUGUUAGGGCAGACUCCGGCUUCUGUAUGGUACUGGUGUGCUGACCAAGUCAUAGUUCAGAGGGUUUUAGCGGCAAAAAAUAUUGCUCAUGCCAAAGGAUCCACAUUAAUGGCAGGGUUUUUAAAGCUGUUGCCUAUGUUUAUUAUAGUUAUCCCAGGGAUGAUUUCACGUAUACUGUUUGCAGAUGACAUUGCUUGUAUCAGUCCAGAACACUGCAUGCAAGUCUGUGGAAGUAGAGCUGGAUGCUCUAAUAUUGCCUAUCCACGUUUGGUGAUGAAACUUGUGCCGGUUGGUCUGCGGGGCCUUAUGAUGGCUGUAAUGAUUGCUGCACUGAUGAGUGACUUGGACUCUAUAUUUAACAGUGCCAGCACCAUAUUUACACUUGAUAUCUAUAAACUCAUACGCAAAAGUGCACCAUCUAGAGAACUAAUGAUUGUAGGAAGAGUGUUUGUUGCUUUUAUGGUAAUUAUAAGCAUUGCUUGGGUUCCAAUAAUAGUGGAAAUGCAAGGGGGCCAGAUGUAUCUCUAUAUACAAGAGGUAGCAGAUUAUCUGACUCCACCAGUGGCUGCUCUGUUUCUGUUAGGUAUAUUUUGGAAGCGUUGCAAUGAACAAGGAGCAUUCUGUGGUGGAAUGGUUGGGUUUGUUCUUGGAGCUAUAAGGCUGAUUUUGGCAUUUAUUUAUCGUGUACCUGAGUGUAACCAGCCUGAUACUAGGCCAGGUUUCAUCAAAAAUAUCCAUUACAUGUAUAUUGCUACUGCUCUGUUUUGGAUCACUGGAAUUGUGGUUAUUAUAGUAAGCCUGCUUACACCACCACCUACAAAGGAACAAAUUCGAACAACCACUUUCUGGUCUCUCAAAAUCGGAUCUGUAAAAGAAAAUGCUUCAAAAGGGGAUCCAUAUAAAUUACAAGAAAAGACCAUCUUGAAAUGUAAUGAAAAUGCUAAUCAUAUCAUGCCAAAUGGCAAAUCUGAAGAAAAUAUUAAGAAUAUUAAGCCUGAGGAUAUCAAUCUUCUAGUUACUUGCAGAGAUGAUAGCAAUCCAGUGAUUUCUGUAAGUCACUCUGAAGUGGAGACACCCGUUGAUUGUUAUUCAAAUGGACAGGCGGCUCUCAUGGGCGAGAGAAAGCAUGAGGAAGAGACCGAUAAUAGAGAGAAGCAUUGGAAAUUCAUAGAUUGGUUCUGUGGCUUUAGAAGUAGAGACAUGAACAAAAGAGACAACCAAGAUAUGGAGGAAGAGACUCUCUGUUCGCAAAUGUUGGAAGAGACUCCAAAAGUUAAACUAUUACUAAAUAUUGGACUAUUCUGUGUCUGUUCACUUGGAAUAUUCAUGUUUGUCUAUUUUUCUUUGUGAAUGGUGAGGCUUUAAGGGUAUGGCUGAACAUACACAGGCAGAUACAAGUUUCUGUGAAUAUAUAUAUAUAUUUUUAAAAAAUACAUCCCUUGCAUUUCAGACAUUGUUUACACUAUAAUUGUAAAAUCAACUUUUUAGCCAAUUUUAAAGACCA